AUGGCUUUCCGGAAUGGAUCUUUUGUAUCUUCAAUAAGUUAUCAAGAUAGUGAAAAUUACGCGAUAAAAGCAGACGAAAAGCAAAAUAUAAAGAAAUCAAAUGCUAGCAAUUAUUAUUUGAAUACAGUUGUCAAGCUUUUGAUCGUUUUAUUGUUGCCGGUGGCUCUUCUUUUUGGUUUAUCUUACGAGAAGCUUAAUAAAAAAGCAAUUUCUGGAAAAUUUUUGAAUGAAACAGAAUGCUCUCAAACAUGCAGAGUCCCACCUUGCUGUAUUACUCGCCUAUCUGAUCACAACCUCUCUGAACCUCUCAUUUUUUUGUUUUUUUCUCACCUUGAAGAUAUGACAUUAAAUUUUGAAAUCGAUAUCACUUCAAUUGUAGUAGUAUUAGCUAUUUUUUCAUACAAAACAAGUCUUCGCGGCGAGCAUGUUUUGGAUUAUGAUUAUUGUCGAUCGCAUUCUGAUCAAGGCAGAAAAAUUCAUGAUGCUCUGGUAGAAGCAGGAUUGAAAAGAAAAGUUCGCAUACGAAUGAUCGAAAAUUACCCUCCAAAAGAUAAGGGUGACAACGAAGAUGGCAUCAAUUUCGCUAAAACAGGUGUUAUUAGCAGGCGCAGUUUAAAUCUUGAAAAUUCGCUUGAUGCACACAAAAUUUGUCAUUAG